UACGUGGCUAGGCAUCGUUCUUCCUGGCCGAGCAAGCUAGUGGAGUGUUGAAAGAGACGAAACACUUGAGCAGUGAGACACCUCUCCAUCUUCUUCAGCCGCUCGCUCUAGAAUUGCAGGGGAAGAACUGAAAGCACAAAGUUUAGUAUUCUAUUGACAUGGGAGAAAAUGGUGGUUCUAAUUCUAAUGAACACUCAGACAUCAGUGAAGCACAUCCAAAACAGGGCAGUAUUCACAAGGUUUCAAUCAUACCCCUUGUGUUCCUAAUCUUUUAUGAGGUUUCUGGUGGUCCAUUUGGCAUAGAGGACAGUGUGCAUGCUGCAGGGCCCUUGCUUGCAAUUCUUGGCUUUGUUUUAUUUCCAUUCAUAUGGAGCAUCCCUGAAGCAUUGAUCACUGCCGAGAUGGGCACAAUGUUCCCGGAGAACAGUGGCUAUGUUAUGUGGGUCUCUUCGGCUUUAGGCCGUUUCUGGGGAUUUCAGCAAGGCUGGAUGAAAUGGCUAAGUGGUGUCAUAGACAAUGCGCUUUAUCCGGUGCUCUUCCUAGACUAUCUGAAAUCUAGUGUGCCAACUUUAGGAGGAGGAUUGCCGAGGACUUUAGCAGUAAUAGUGUUGACGGCAUUACUGACUUACAUGAACUAUAGAGGCUUAAGUAUAGUUGGAUGGGUUGCUGUUUUGCUUGGAGUCUUCUCUAUUUUACCAUUCUUCAUAAUGGGUCUUGUUUCGAUUCCAAAACAAAGGCCUUCACAAUGGUUGAUUUCUUAUGUGCACAAUGUCGAUUGGAACUUGUACUUAAAUACACUAUUUUGGAACCUCAACUAUUGGGAUUCAAUCAGUACACUGGCUGGAGAGGUUGAGAACCCGGGCAAAACUUUGCCGAAAGCUCUCUUUUAUGCAUUAAUUUUAGUUGUUAUCAGCUAUCUAUACCCACUUUUGACAGGCACCGGAGCUGUUCCAUUGGAUAGAAAGCUCUGGACAGAUGGUUAUUUCUCAGACAUUGCUAAAAUUCUCGGCGGGGAUUGGUUGAAGUGGUGGAUUCAAGCAGCUUCAGCAGUAUCCAAUAUGGGUAUGUUUGUGGCUGAGAUGAGUAGUGAUUCUUACCAAUUACUUGGAAUGGCAGAGCGGGGAAUGUUGCCGGAAUUCUUUAGCAAGAGGUCCCGUCACGGGACUCCUCUUGUCGGAAUCCUAUUCUCUGCUUGUGGUGUGCUCCUUUUGUCAUGGAUGAGCUUUCAAGAGAUAGUUGCAGCAGAGAAUUUCCUAUACUGCUUUGGAAUGCUCUUGGAAUUUGUCGCAUUCAUAAGACUCAGAGUGAAAUAUCCAUGUGCAUCUCGACCGUAUCGGAUACCUUUAGGUACAAUUGGUAGUAUGCUGAUGUUGAUUCCUCCUACUAUCCUCAUAUUUAUUGUUCUAGCUUUUGCUUCUCAUAAAGUAAUGGUUGUAAGCAUGGGUGCAAUGCUCGCCGGAGUUGUUUUGCACCCCUUCUUGGCUUUUCUUGAUCGAAACCAAUGGCUGAAAUUCUCAGUGAGGUCUGAGCUUCCUGAUUUCAGUAGUUUCAAACCUGAGGAUGCUACUGAAUCUGAAUCUCUGUUGAAUUAGAAUCUUGCAUGCCAGAAAUGCAGUGAAAGAUCCUAAUGCAAGACAUCUAUUGUGAUAGUAAAGUUAUGGUAUCCUACUCAACCUUGUAAGUUGUAAGCAUCUUUUUAUUGCAUAAUCAUUCACCUUGAUUUGUCCAAGUUGUUCUCAACAAAUGUAUUAUCUUACUUUUGGUUAAUAGAU